AUGGCCCAGGAAACGCCAGAAAUCGUCGAAGUGAUGGUGCUCGAUGUGAAUGACGGCGUGAGCAAGGACUCCCCUGCGUUCGAGACACUCCGUCAAGGAGCAGUGAAGGGUGGGCUCGUACACCAGUCGUACGGCUUCGCAGUGAAGAACCCGAAGAAAUUAUACUGGCUCCCUCCGUACGUACCAUCAACCCACUUUGACCAAGGCUUUCAACCUAAAGACUUCCAAUGGCCAGCGGAAUAUGGCGAGUUCUCCGAGGCAGUGAAAGAGCUCGCGACAUCGGAGCCAGAGUCGCACUUCUGCCCUUCAAAGUCUUCCCCAGGGGUGCGACGUCCGCGCCGAUCACUGAGAUCGCUGUCGCUCACCGGGGGACAGGCCACUGUCACGCUCAAGCCGGACGUCGACAUUGAUACUUUCGCAGUGUACCAGGAAACCCUGACGGAUGCACUGAACAAGGAGCCGGCCUUCAGAGGAGUCGCGCGGUCGCUGGCAGACCCAGAGAAGCGCACCGUGUGGGUCUUCGUCGGUUGGGAUUCAGCUGAGGCACAUGCGAGCUGGGCGAAGGCGAAUGCGGGUCUACUGGAGACGUUCAUACAGUCGAUGGAGAGCGGAGGAAUUGCGCAUGUCCAAUUUGUUGAACAUGUACAGUAG